AUGCAUUUAAUUGCAUUACGAUGCAAAUGCUGCUUGGAGGUGAUUCGCAAUUUCUUCAUGGAUGCAGAUAAGAACAUUUACAUAUAUGCUAUCUUUGCCAAAACAGUUCUACUACGCAGCACUUUCGGAUUUUUACACGCGAUUUUUGUGAUACCUUUUCUGAUUUCGUUAGUCGAAAUGGUAGUUCCUUCAGAUUCCGAGCAGCGUCACAGUACCGGAUCAUCUGAGAUUGCACCCUACAUUAGUGAUUCUAAUAUACCCGAAAAUGGCAACAGCCUAUCCAUUGAAGCAUGUGCUGCAUCGCAUUAA